UUUGGGAUCUUCUUCCUUUGUCAGUGCGUGCUUGGAGUUUUCCGGGAGCUGGCGGUUCUCCAGCAAGCGCGAGCAAUGUCGGCGGUGAUGGAAGCGCUUCUUCGAAUCUGCACUGGUACGUUGGCAGCCACCGCGGGAUUUCUCUAUCUCGCGAUCGUUCUGGCAGAGAAUCGUCGCUGGCCGGCGCUGCGAUGGAUUCCCGCGACAAUGCAGGGAUCGGCAUGGCUGGUUCUUGCUGCAUCGGCCGCUCUGAGGCGGAUUCCGGGGAAAUACGUCAGGGUUUGCGCCGCGGCGAUUGCCACGGGCUUGGCGGCCGUGGCCGUGGUGAGGAUUAGUGAUCGAUCACAGCAGGAAACAGGGCCGGGAUUCUGGAAGCUCGUGCUGGAUAUUGCGGCAUUUCCAAUCAGCUUGCUUUUCUUGGCGAUCAAAGAGAAGAAGAGCGAAGAAGAGGCAAGCGCUAGGCUCCAGGAGCCUCUUCUUCUACACGACGAAGCUCGAAGCAAGAAUGUUUGCCUCAUCAGUGGAGCUGGAUGGAUCAGCCGUCUCUAUUUCCUGUGGCUCAAUCCUUUGCUAGCUCUGGGAAGUAGAAAGACUUUGGAAGAGGAGGACAUGCCUCGAGUGGCUCCAGAGGAUCGAGCAGACACAAAUUACAAGGCUUUUGUGGAGCUCUGGAGUAGCAGCAGCAGCAGCAGCAGCCAGCCAUCUUUGUUUUGGACCCUCGGACGGUGCUACUGGAAAAACUUUCUCCAGAAUGGCGUCUACGCAUUGGGAAAAUGCGUCACUGUGACGGCUGGUCCUCUCGUCCUCAAAACUUUCGUGGCGAGCACAGCAAAGGGUGGCAACGUCUCACAGGGGUAUUUUCUGGUGCUGGUUUUGUUCCUGGGAAAGGCGGUGGAGUCGGUCUCCCAGAGGCAGUGGCUUUUCGGAAGCAAGAGGCUGGGAAUGCGAAUGCGCUCCGCGGUUAUGGGAGUUUUAUACAGCAAGCAGCUCAAGCUCUCGGGCCUCGCUCGGAGAACUCACGCCACAGGCGAGGUGAUGAGCUACAUGGCUGUGGACGCUUACAGGAUAGGAGAAUUCGGCUACUGGGUCCAUGUUGUGUGGACUACUCCGCUUCAGAUCGCGAUGGCAGGGGCGAUUCUCGUGCAUUCGGUUGGAACAGCGCCAGCGUUCGCAGGUCUCACGGUCAUAGGACUCUCCAUGCUGGCCAACAGGCCCAUGGCCAGGCUCCAGCGGAAGUUCCAGAACGGCCUCAUGAGUGCUCAGGACAAGAGAAUGAGAGCUACUUCCGCCAUUUUGCGAAACAUGAAGACUGUGAAGCUGCAAGCUUGGGAAGAGAUGUUUAAAGCCCGAAUCAAGGAGCUGAGGGGCGAAGAGCUGGUGUGGCUGUCCAAAGUCCAGUACCGCAAAACUUACAAUGCCUUCAUCUUCUGGCUGCUGCCGGUCCUGGUUUCGACGAGCACUUUCAUCGUUUGCUGGCUUACGGGGUACCCGCUGGAUGCGAGCAACGUGUUUACGACACUGGCCACCUUCAGGAUAAUCCAGGAGCCGAUCAGGCUGGUCCCGGAAGUGAUUUCCGCAAUCGUUCAAGUACGAGUUUCCCUCGGAAGGGUUUCAACUUUCUUACAAGACGAAGAGCUUGAUCCUAAAGCUAUCGAAAGAGACAUUAGUGGCGAUGGCGUCGACAUUCAUAUACACAACGCCAGCCUUAGCUGGGACCCGGACGAAGGCAAGGCAAAAGCUGAGGCAUCUACGCUGAAAGAUAUAAACCUGACCGUCCACAACGGAUCACGGGUGGCAGUGUGCGGUGAGGUUGGCUCUGGGAAGUCGACAUUACUUCUCUCUAUCCUAGGAGAAGUUCCCCUGCUACACGGAAAGGUUAAAGUCUCUGGUAGUAUAGCGUACGUGGCUCAGGUAGCAUGGGUACAAUCUGGAACAGUCAGGGACAACGUUUUAUUUGGCAUGGAUAUGGACAAUAAUCGCUAUGCUAUGGCUCUGAAAGCUUGCGAAUUGGACAAGGACAUAGAAAGCUUUCCUUUCGGUGACUUGACUGAGAUCGGAGAGGGGGGACUUAACUUGAGCGGCGGGCAGAAGCAACGCAUUCAACUUGCUCGUGCAGUUUAUCAAGACGCGUCUGUUUACCUCUUGGACGAUCCGUUUAGUGCCGUGGAUGCACAAACCGGAUCUUCGCUUUUCAAGAACUGUAUUCUUGGAGUUCUGUCUCAGAAGACUGUCAUCCUUGUGACGCACCAGGUCGAGUUUCUUCAAAAGUUUGAUGCCAUCUUGGUGAUGCAGAAUGGAGAAGUUUUGGAGUUUGGAAAUUAUGAUGACCUUCUUGCGCGAGGCGCCGUGUUUCGGGAUCUCGUGAUGGCACACAAGGAUGUAAUGUCCUCUUUGGACGCGAGAGGCACGACAACCGUAUCGAAGAAGACGGGUCUUCAGCAUCGGAAAGGUGAAGAUUGCACACCUGAAGCUUCGAAGUUUAAUCAGCUAACCAAGGACGAGAAGAAAGAAUCUGGUAAUGCUGCCUACUUGGACUACAUGAAGCAAGCCAACGGAUUCUUUUACUACGGGCUAUCCACACUUUCAUACAUUGUCUUUCUCUCGGGUCAGAUGGCUUCUAACUGGUGGAUGGCUUCUGAGGUUGAAAGUUCAGAGACAAAUACAGGAAAACUCAUAGCAUCGAGGUCGUUCUUCAACAGCACAAUGGAUUCUUUAUUCUCAGCACCAAUGUCUUUUUUCGAUUCCACACCAAGCGGCCGAAUACUAAGUCGGCUCUCAGUGGACUUGAGCAUCUUGGACCUCGAUAUUCCGUUUUCCUUUGGGUUUUCAAUCUCGGCCUUCCUGAGUGCUUUAGCUAACUUGGGAAUGACAUCUUCUGUAACAUGGCAGAUUCUGGUGAUCGUUGUCCCCAUGAUGUACAUCAACAGACUCUUACAGGUUUAUAACUUGGCAUCUGCUCGUGAGCUGAUGAGAAUCAACGGAACUACAAAGGCACCGAUUUUGAACUACUUCGGAGAAGCUAUAUCAGGUGCUACUACAAUAAGAGCUUUCCGCAAGCAGGAGGAUUUCACGAGGAAGAUUCUGGAUAUGAUUGACACUAAUACGAGUCCUUUCUUCCACAAUUUUGCUGCAAGAGAGUGGCUUAUUCAAAGGCUGGAGUCGCUGUGGUCUGCUGUUCUUUGCUCCUCCGCGUUGAUUAUGGUUAUUUUGCCCCCUGGUACAAUUUCUCCUGGAUUUGUUGGGCUUGUACUUUCUUACGGUCUGUCUUUAAACAAUUCUCAGGUUGCGAGCGUGCAAAACCAGUGCAACCUGGCUAACAUGAUUAUUUCGGUCGAACGAAUUAAGCAGUACUUAUCUUUACCUGUUGAAACUUCCUCUAAAACUGGACUCUGGCCGUCUUGGCCAAGUGAGGGGAAAGUAGAGCUUCACAACCUCCAGAUUAGAUACAGUGCAGACGCACCUCUCGUGCUUCGUGGCAUCACGUGUACUUUUGAAAGUGGUCAGAAAGUCGGAGUCGUAGGACGGACUGGCAGCGGAAAGACUACUCUCAUUAGUGCGCUCUUUCGCAUUAUUGAUCCAGCCGGUGGACGAAUACUUAUAGAUGGAGUUGAUAUUAUGACCAUUGGCGUUACAGCCUUGAGAUCUAGGCUGAGUAUAAUCCCUCAAGAACCAACAUUGUUUCGUGGCACCGUCCGCUUCAACCUGGAUCCGUUUUCCAAGUACACUGAUCAAAAGAUUUGGGAGGCCUUGGAUAAAUGCCAACUUGGAGAAAGUGUGAGAGAGAAAAAUCUCAAGCUGGAGUCCUUUGGUAAGGCUCUCUUUAGUUUGAAGCCGAGUGACAGCUACAUUUUCAUAGUUGGAGACGACGGCGAGAACUGGAGCGUGGGAGAGAGACAAUUGUUUUGCUUGGCUCGUACGCUUUUAAAGCGCAGCCAGAUCCUGGUGCUUGACGAGGCAACGGCGUCCAUCGACAAUACCACCGACGCAGUUCUCCAAAAAGUGCUCGGAGACGAGUUUGGCAAAUGCACAACGAUCACAGUCGCUCACAGAAUCCCAACUGUGAUUAGUAGCGACAUGGUUCUGGCGCUUGAAGAUGGAUUGCUGAUGGAGUUCGACAGACCUGCAAAACUGUUGGGGAACAAAUCCUCCCUGUUUUGCCGAUUAGUAGCAGAGUACUGGUCGAAUUCAUCCCUUGAAUGAUUUUGAUUCUCUUCGAGCUAUUA